CUGCGCGUUUGCCUUGCUCGGGCGCCUGUCGCGGGGCUCCGUGCCUGGAGCGCCCUUAUCGCGUGCAACAAUGGAUGAAGCUGUACCUGAUGUUUCUGAGAAGCUUAUAGUCAUCCACUCAAAGGUUCACAGAGAUACUAUUCUGGCUAACUUUGAAGAACAGAGGAGAAAAGGUUUUUUGUGUGAUAUCACUUUAAUUGUAGAAGAUGUUCACUUUAGAGCACACAAAGCUUUACUUGCUGCCAGCAGUGAAUAUUUCUCAAUGAUGUUUGUUGAUGAGGGAGAAAUAGGCCAGUCGAUCUAUAUGUUGGAAGGGAUGGUGGCAGAUGCAUUUGGUGCACUGUUGGAAUUUAUUUAUACAGGCUAUCUGCAAGCUAGUGAAAAAAGUACAGAGCAAAUUUUAGCCACUGCUCAUCUCCUUAAAGUGAAUGACUUAGUAAAAGCAUACACAGAACAACAGCCAAAUUGUAGUUUGAAUAACAAGUUAUCCACCAUUCCUAAUGGUGAAACCACAGUACCUAUCUUGACAAACAAGAAAAGUGAAGAUCCACCAAAACGAAAACGUGGAAGGCCAAGAAAAGUGAAGAACAUCCCAGAGGAAAACCUGGGGACAUCUUCUACUGAAGAUGUGCAAUUAAAAGAGAACAACUCAGUUCAUAAUAAGCAAAAUUAUAUAAAGAAAGAUACUAUGGUGGAAGACAGAGAUUCCAAUGAACUGAUUCCUGUAAGCGGAGAAGCAGGAGAAACUGAACAUGCUUGUAGUUCAGAUGCUGUGGUGAGUGUAUCCACUGAAAAAGAUGAAAACUCUGACCCUAAAUGCCAAAAUACACAGCCCAUUCAGAGUCGUUAUAGCAAACGUAGGAUACGGCGGUCUGUCAAGCUAAAAGACUAUAAACUUAUUGGUGAUGAAGAAGAUAGUGGACUGAAAAAGAGGACUAACGGGAGAAGAAAACAUACCGGUUCUGAGGUUGAGUGUAAAGAUUGUGGGAAACUUUUUAAAUAUAAUCAUUUUUUAGCUAUUCAUCGAAGAAGUCAUACAGGGGAGCGCCCAUUUAAGUGCAGUGAAUGUGGUAAAGGCUUUUCCCAAAAACACUCUCUACAAGUUCAUGAACGGAUGCAUACUGGAGAACGGCCAUACACCUGCACUGUUUGCAGUAAGGCUUUAACAACGAAGCACUCGCUCCUGGAACACAUGAGCCUGCAUACAGGUCAGAAGGCUUUUACCUGUGAUCAGUGCGGAAAAUACUUCAGCCAGAAGAGACAACUUAAGAGUCAUUACAGAGUUCACACAGGCCUUUCGUUACCAGAAUGUAGCCUGUGUCAUCGCAAAUUCAUGGAUGCAGCUCAGCUAAAGAAACAUUUAAGAACACAUACAGGUGAAAAACCAUUUACAUGUGAAAUCUGUGGCAAGUCUUUCACAGCAAAGAGCUCUCUUCAGACUCACAUCAGAAUCCACAGAGGAGAGAAGCCAUACUCAUGUAGCAUUUGUGGAAAAUCCUUUUCUGAUUCCAGUGCGAAGCGAAGACACUGUAUCUUACACACUGGUAAAAAGCCUUUCUCUUGCUCUGAGUGCUAUGUGCAGUUUGCACGCUUAGACAACUUGAAAUCUCAUUUAAAGAUUCACAUAAAAGAAAAACAGCUACAGGAAGUAAACACUGCUUCCAAUAGCAGCACUACAGAGGAAGUCCGGAACAUUCUUCAGUUGCAGCAGUAUCAGCUCUCUGCCUCUGGAGCCCAAGAGAUCCAGCUCCUGGUCACAGAUUCAGUGCACAAUAUAAACUUUGUGCCCAGCCAUAACCAAGGCAUUAGUGUUGUCACUGCUGAUGGUUCCCAAAAUGUGAUGACAGACCAUGCAGGCGGUCUUACCCUUCUCACUCAGCCGCCCCAGCAGUUGCAGAACUUGCUUCUUUCAGCUCAGCCAGAAACAACAAACCAGAUUCAGAAUAUCAAUAUCGUGAGCAGCCAAAUAGAGUCUGCACAGGCUGAGCAAAUGCAUGUCAUCACUCUCUCGAAAGAAGCCUUGGAACACCUCCAUGUCCAUCAGAGUCAAGCAGAAGUGCUUCAGAUAGCAACAGGAACAUCACAUCCAACCCUGCAGGUGGCCCAAGAACCAAGCCAGCCGUUUCGCAUCAGCCAAGAUACGGUCCUCCCUCCUCAGAUCAACAAAGGACAGACCCAGGCUGUACAUGUCUCUGAGUCACCUCGACAGACUCUGUCUGUACAGCAAUCAUCUGGUGACCAUCAUAUUGAGAGGCAGACUUUUUAAAAUGCAGGCUGAUACGCUUUUUAGAUAUUUAUCAAGUUCUUUCUUGCAGACUAGAUCAAGUUUCAUAUAUAUUUUUUAGAGUUUUAUUAAUUUAAAUUUACAUUGAUCUGUAUUUUCUUAGCUGAAGUCCAUAGUCAUUUUGCCUGAACUGCAAUAAAUAUUAACGUAUCUAAUUAAAGUACUUUGUCAUCUCAGUGGAAAGGAGCUAUGCAUGGGCUUAAUUCUCUCAUUAAAAUGAAUGGGCUGCACAACUUAAUUUAGGCUGGAUCAUACUAUAUUUUUAGCAAACCUAACAGCAGAUAUGUUUUAUUUAUUUAUUUUUCUUCUACAUGCUCAUUUUAUGACAGUGUGGGCCCAACAGAAAGCCAGGUAUGGAUCGCCCCUGUGUUUGUGUUAACUAGGGUUGUGUGAACCUUAUCUCCACUGAGGACAUUUACAAAUACAUGUGCAAUAUUGUAGGUUAAGCCACAAUUUCCAUUCCAUUGAUGCAUACACACGUGUAAUUUCAGAAGGGAAGCAAGAGUAAAAUUGGAUCUCAGAGCACAUAUGCAUAGGCCAUCUUGGAAAGUGCUAGCUACAAGCUUAAAAUAAUGUUUUGUUUUGCUUGUUUUAUAUUUCACAUUUAGCUUUGUCCAUACACAUCACAAUCCAGUCUUAAUUAUAUGCAGGCCUGGUUUAGACAUAAUAAUCUCUGUCUAGUAAGCCGCCUUGAGAGUCUUUUAGGCUAAAGGGUGAAAUAAAAAUGCUAAAAUAAAUAAAUAAAUAAAAAUAGUAAGCUAUGGUUUAUUAGACCAAGAAUGAGCAUUGUGACUAAGCAUUCCCUCCUCAUUCCUUUCAUGCACAUUUAUGCAAUACUCCCAGGACUUUUUAAACUACAGUUUCUCAUUAUGUUGGAAAUGAGAAAAUGCAGUUUAAGCUCUGACUACAGUCCUGCUUUACAAACAGGAAGGGAGCAUGAAGGUACAACAUUCAUUCUCAGUUUGAAAAAACAUGGUUUGUUGUACCAAGAUUGUUAUACCUGAAAUAGGCUGUAUUCUAGUUGUGCUAGUCGUGGAGCAGACGUUACAUCAGAAUGUGUAUCCUGCUUAAAGUAAUGCAGUGCUGAUAAACAUCCAUACUCAGAUAUGCGUUUUGAUGUACAUUCAGCCUCGCUUUUCCCUCUUUGCCUAACUUGUACAAUAGUUUGCACAUUCAGUCACUUCCCCCCACCACAGGUUGAGAGUUGAUCAGAUUCAAUUGAAUAUAAGGAAAGCUCAAGAUAAUUGUCUGUACCAGUGAGAAAUGGAACCUUGCAGGUUACCUUAGUAUCAUUGUGUUAAAUAGUUGGAAGAGCUAUGUUAAGGGAGGUGGUGGGAAUUUGCGGAUUGGGUUGCACAUGAAAUUAGAGGAGAGGGGUACAGAGCAUUCAGUCUUGCAACCUGUCCUGGUACUUUAGGCAAAAUUAUGGACCAGGAUUAUGACAUAUCAUGCCUGCGCUGCUUUAACCUCUCUAUGCAAUUCUUUGGAAACCAAUCUGUAUCUUUUGGCUGGUUUUAGUCUGUUCCUCACUUGUACCCAAAGAUCUUGGUGUACUAUACAUCAUGAGCUCCUGCAUAAGCAAAUUCCCCCAUUCACUUCAGGGAAAGACAUGUUCUGCACGCAUCUCUUUGCACAUGCAGAGCUGUCCCUUCUAGUGAAAUAAAUGGAGAAGUCCUUGUGGGGUAUAGAGAUCUCUAUAUGUGCGUGUGUAUUGGAGCCUCAGAGCAACCUGUGGGCUCUGGACAACUGCCUCUUCCCUGCGUGAACCCUCAAACUAAUAAUACAAUGGGGUGAUUAGAAUCAAUUAGUAAGAAUCUUUGGUUCAGUUAUUGACUCUGCCAUCAGUGUCAUUAUAGCCAAAUUAUGUAAAUUUUCUGUGCCUUAGCUUUUACACUUAAAAAAGAGGAAUAAACAUUCAUCAAGUACAACUGUUAUUUUUAAAUGACUAUCAUAUUUUGCCUUCAGAUGUGACACUGUUUCUAUUCUAGGUUAAAAUUGGCUGAAGUGCUAAUAAAGAUCCUUUCAAAACAUAAAAGAUUUAAGAUAUCAUGUAUCUCAAUAAAUGGCUUGCAAACUGUAGAACUGUUUACUUGGUGAAAAUAAAAAUGGCAAUGUCCUUGUGAAAAAUUAGAAUGUUAUUAAAAAUAUAUACAAAUGGCAGGGAGAUCUGGAAAAGAGACAUGAAACCUGGAAAUUUAGUUACAAGAAAUUAUUCUGCUUCUGCAUUUAUGAUUCCAAUAUGGUAAUAGUUGCAAAAUUAAAUCAUUAGAUUAAGAAAAAAAAGAUGCACUUUUCUCUGUUAAUAAUUAAAAAUGUAAUGCUUUCUGUUUAUUCUCAUAUGUAAAAUGGAGCUGUUUCUCCUUUGAAAUAAAAACACCAUGUGUAAACUUA